AUGUGCCGCCGCCGCCGCCGCCGUGUUGGAGGCAGUAGGAGGGGAGAGACCAACUCUCCGGCGUCCCCAGCCCUGGAAAUGGUGACAGGCGACUCCGACCCCCUCCCCGGAGCUGCAGCCGCCGCGGCCGCUGCCGCUGCUUCUCCCCCCCGCUCCAGGAGCGGGAGGUGCCGCCGCCGCGCCUCCGCCGGCUCCCGCCCGAGCCCACGGCUUCCACCUUCCCUUUCAGGAGAAGCCGAGGAAGAGGCUGCACGGUUAGAAAAUAAGACCAAGAGGAGGCGAGAAACGUCGCCGCUGUCGCCGCCGCCGCCGGCCGGCCGGCUCCCCGAGGGCGCUGCCCCCGCGGCUGCUCACGGCUUCCGAGAGGAGAGAACUGAGCGCAGCCGCGUCCCAACGUCCGAGCACAUAUCCUGCCGCGGUGCACAAAGAGUCCCGCCACAUCACCGCCUGCCGGCCAGCCCGCCCCCUCCGCCGCCGCCGCCGCCGCCGCCGCGGCCGCCGUGCGGGGUGCCGGAGCGCCUCCGGAGUUCCAGGGGGAGGUGGGAGGCGGACGGGACCGCACCGAGGGAGACGAGGACGGGCUGGCCGAGCCGAGCCGGGGCGCUAGGGAGGGGGCAGUCGCGAGAGCGCCGAGUGCGAAAGCCCAGUCCCCGGCCUGCGGGCGCCACUGAGCAUGCCCAAUGUGGCUGCCCGGGGCUCGCUCGGGCUUGUUCGGAAGAGCCCGCCAGUAACUGCACUUGCCGCGGCUGCUCCUGCGGCUACGCAGGGCGGCAGGAGGUGCUAAGCCUCGGCCUGUGCCCAGACACCCAGCCAGAGGGAGUAGGCUCCAGUUCUGUUCACCGCGUCGAACUCAAGCUCGGUCCUUCGCAGCUACCUCGCCCCGCCCCUUUUGGACCAGUGAGAAAACCCGGCUGGGUGGAUCGCCCUGGGGCCAGGUUCAGCGCGCCCCCCGCCAGCCGCGCCGCACACGCUGGACGCUGGGCUGCAGAGCCCGAGUGGGAAGUACGGAACCGUAGGAAGCUUCGCCCCAGCGAGUGGGCGGGCCGAGACCUAGGAGUGCUCAAAAGGAGGUGGAGGGACCGGGGCACGGUCGGAACUACUUUCGCGAGGUGGUCACGUGUGCUCCUAGUUGGGGAACUUUCCAAAUUCCCACUCCCCUAGUAUAGCUCCCGAGGCAAGUGCUUCGCUCGCUUCGCCCGGGUCGCUCCCGCCCAGCGCGGGCGGCGGGACCCCGCAGCCUUCCCGGUGGCGGCGGACAGGCAGGCUCAGACGAGCCUUAUGCCCGAGCGCUGUCGGGGCUGGCGCCUGGGGAGCUGGUUACACAAGUACCCACAUCCAAGCACGUGCCCCCGCCUUCUCUCGCCGCUGGCCGCCGCCACUGAUUCUUGCAGACCUCGGGGAGAGACUUCCAAAAUUGUGGUCCCACCUCUCCCUUGCUAUCCACGAGAGGGCAAAAGGGUAUCUCCUGCAGCAGCCAGUUGCUCAGAUUCGCCAAUAUUGCAACCAACUUCCAAUCGCUACCCCAGAGCUGGUGAGAGCGCCUCACCUACUGUAGAUUCCGCCAAGUGCCUUCUCUGGUUGGAGAACCUAGUCGAUGGCCGUCAGCCCAGAACAAACCUGUCAAGUCGGCUUGCAACCCCUACUGGUUGA